ACGGCUCAGAAAACACAUCAGAGUGAGCCCUCUCCUCAGUUCCGCUCCUCUCUGGGGUCUGCUUUAGGAAACGUGGCCUUAGAGACGCAGGAAACGCAUCAGAGUGAGACCUCUGCUGCCCUCCGCCCCUCUCUGCUUUAGGAAACGUGGCCUUACCGAGCUCCAGCCGCUCCGGCAGAUGAAUGAGCCUCCCGCACCGCCAGUUCCCGCUUGUCUCUGCCCGUCAGUUCCCGCCGCAGCCUCAGCAGCCCCCCUGUAGAACCUCCACCCGGAACCUCCACCCGGAACCGCCAUGGCAGAGGCAGAACCCGUCCCCGCGGCCGUCCCGAACGCCACGGACUCCAACGAGACCGAGGUGCUGAACGCCACGGCUAAAUUCGUGGCCACCCCGGAGGGAACGGCGCUGGCCUACGGCAGCCUGGUGGUCAUGGCCCUGCUGCCCAUCUUCUUCGGAGCCCUGCGGUCCGUCACCUGCUCCAAGUCCAAGGAGCUCGGAGACGGUGGGUACGACUCUGGGUUCAGAAACUCUGCCGACGCCCCGGAGACCAUCACCAGCCGGGACGCGGCUCGGUUCCCCAUCAUCGCCAGCUGCACGCUGUUCGGACUCUACCUCUUCUUCAAGGUGUUCUCCCAGGAAUACAUCAACCUGCUGCUGUCCGUCUACUUCUUCGUCCUUGGCGUCCUGGCUCUGUCCCACACCAUGAGUCCUGCCAUGUCCAGAAUCUUCCCAGAGUCGCUCCCCAACAAGCAGUACCAGCUGCUGUUCACGCAGGGUUCUGGAGAGUCCAAAGAAGAAAUAGUGAAUUACGAGUUUGACACCAAGAACCUGGUGUGCCUGCUGAUCAGCAGCGUGGUCGGGCUUUGGUACCUGCUCAAAAAGCACUGGAUAGCCAAUAACGUGUUUGGCCUGGCGUUCGCCCUGAACGGGGUGGAGCUGCUGCACCUGAACAACGUCAGUACCGGCUGCAUCCUGCUGGGGGGGCUUUUCAUCUACGACGUCUUCUGGGUGAUCGGGACCAACGUCAUGGUAACGGUGGCCAAGUCGUUCGAGGCACCAAUUAAAUUGGUGUUUCCUCAGGACUUACUGGAGAAAGGACUGGAGGCCAGUAACUUCGCCAUGCUGGGACUGGGAGACAUCGUCAUCCCGGGCAUCUUCAUUGCCCUGCUGCUGCGCUUCGACGUCAGCCUGAAGAAGAACAGCAGGACGUACUUCUACUCCAGCUUCCUGGCCUACAUCUUCGGUCUGGGCCUCACCAUCUUCGUCAUGCACACCUUCAAACACGCACAGGUAGGAGGCGGGGCCAGACCCCGCCCUGUCUACCUCGUCCCCGCCUGCGUCGGUUUCCCCGUGGUCGUGGCGCUCUGCAAGGGAGAGCUCACCGAGAUGUUCAGCUACGAGUCAUCAGAGGAAGUCCUUCCUGCCUCUCCGCGCAUCACUUCCUUCCCGACUGUCAGCGGCUCUCCUGCAAGCCUGGCUGCAUCCAUGGAAACCUCCCCCCGACACCGCCGUGUUCUUCCCACCUCCAUGUAG